CUUAGUCCUGGAGGACCCUGGAGAACCCUGGACUGAGUCCUGGAGGACCCUGGAGAACCCUGGACUUAGUCCUGGAGGACCCUGGAGAACCCUGGACUGAGUCCUGGAGAACCCUGGUACCCACCACCACGGUAAUGAACAUAAUGAACCCAGCCCGGGUAUGGUUGAACUCAGGGGGUUGUGGCCCUUGCCACAAAGUCCCAUGAUGUAGAGCGCUGCCUGAGAGGAAAGAUACAAAGAGGAAAGUGAGAAUAAGAGGUAAGGUUUAAGACAUAUAUAGAGAAUAAAGGUUGGGGGGAGGCCAUGAGGGAAGGUUAAAGACAUGGGAAGUAUGAGCAAGCGUACAGGUUAGAGGGAGAGAGGGGAGGCACAGGGCCCAGGGGUAAUGGUGUGCAAUAGAGAGAUGGUAAACGAGGGCACGAGAGAGAGAGAGGGAUUACCAUCAUUCACAUGUUGCACUCGAUCAUUCCCUCUAUUGUACAGGCAGACAAUAAGGGCCAUGGGUGAAGGGCUUAAAAAGGAUAGACGCACGCAGACAGCCAACUACUCUGGACAGAGACAGCAACCAACAGGUAUCUAUCUGCAAACUUUUUUUAUGGACUUUAUACAAAACCAUAUCUUUGGAGACACCCCUGGAUUUGGGGCCCUUUCCUGUUAUUAAAGUAUAUGAAGAAUUAAAAGUAGUUAAUUAAAACGUUUUUUUUUUUUUUUUUUUUAUAAAUGGGCCGGUUUUCAUUUGUUUUAGAGCUUUUGGUCUUCUGAUGAAUUGAGGCUGCUGCAGGAAUUGAAAUGGCAACUAUAGAAUAAUGUAAUGUAUUUCUUCACAUCAUAUAUUUUCACAUUGCCCUUUCCAGCAGCUAUGGUGGAUGGAUAACUAGGCCAGCGCGGUAUGGCACCCCAUCAUGGUGGUCACAGAGCAACAUGCUGACAGAUCUAUUGCUUAGCAUCAGAAGAUUAGUUGUGAAGCGUUGGGGGAAUUACUUGGAAACAAUGGUUUGAAUCAGCUUGUUCAGCAUUCUCAUUAACGUGCCUUUAGCUUUGUUAGCUUUGGUACUUGGUUGCUCUUGAUCAGAUGGAAAUGUGCAUUUAAAAGGUUUUGAAAUGAAAUGAAAUUUUAGAAUGGAUUAGACAUUUUUGUUUUGCUUAAACACUUAGCAUAAUGUCUAGAAGUGCAGAUGUCUUUGGUGUGCUUAUAUUAUGGUACGUGUCACCACCUUCACAUGCCAUAAAACUAGAGAUGUGUCCACUCUAAAGCGUAAAGGUGUUAAGGUUGACGUCCAAAUAAAGGCCCUGCUUGAAUACUUCAAAAAUGCAUCCUUCCUUCAGUCCUUUCUUUUUAACCUAAUCACAGAUCAGACUACAUUGCGUUCCCUUAUGAAAGUAUGCCAGAUUAGACCCAAGGACGGAUGCAUUUGAUCAAAUUGAGCUCAUGGCUGAAACAGUUUACAAGGCCACACACCGUUGCAGUAUCCACCCGUGUCUACUCCAGCACGUGUCCACCCCAGCAGGUGGGGAGGGUAAAGCAAAGGGCUGGUGGAUGUUCCAGUGGGAACAAUGUGCUGAUCUGAGCUGUGUGGAAAGUUCAUCACCAUCACCUUGCCCUCAGAGCCAACAAAAAUAAUAACCUGAAGUAUCAACAGAAUUCUGUCAUGCACAUUUUAAAAGGGACCUUCCUCCUUUACCUUUAGUUUGAACUUAGACUUGCUCGGUUGGACUGCAACUGUUGAAGGGAGUUUGAAUAAAGUUUGUUUAAAUAUAUAUAUAUGUUUCGCAUUUGACGAUGGUUUGAUGUAUUUCAAUGUCUCUGAACCUGCUAUAAAAGGCAAAACAUUUUUUUUUAAAGGCUUACAUAGGCUGUCGCUUCUCUAUGUGAUUAUGAAACUUUCUGGUUGGUUUUCUCAGAGGAGUAAAAAUCUAUUAAUUCAACAGCAAGUCUCUAUCUAAUGUAUGUCAUGAGUAUGACGUUUUUUACAGCCUGAUCUAUUUUAAAAACAGGCUCUGAAAAAACUUAACACAUGGUUCACUUUUUGAAAAGUAACAAAUGUUUUCCUAUACUUGGUGAUGUACAGGAUAUAACAACAUAUGGUUAGAGUGAUACAUAGUGAUUAACUGUCUAUUCCUCUCUCAUUUCUCUACAUCAAAUAGUUGCAGUGCAUUUAGGAGGACUGUGCUAUCCCAGGGUUCUCCUUGAUGCUGUACACUUUAGCAGGAGGGGGUACACUCUGUGGGGUGGCCGCCCUCGUGCUCCUCAUCGUCUCCACGGCGACCGACUUCUGGAUGCAGUACCGCUACUCGGGAGCGUCGGCCAAUCAGGGCCUCUGGAGGUUUUGCAUCAAUCACAAGUGCCACGCACACACCAUCACUGUGGCCUUCUGGGAUGCGACAAGGGCCUUCAUGCUGCUGUCUGUGCUGAGCUGCUUUGCUGGCGUAUUGCUGGGCCUGAGUGCCUUCGCCAACGGCACCAAGAGCAGGAGGGUCCGGACUGGGGGCUUCGCUCUGCUCCUGUCAGGUUUCCUAGCUCUGUUAGCUCUGGCCAUCUACACUGGCGUGACGGUCAACUUCUUUGGCAAGCGCUUCCUUGAUUGGCGCUUCUCCUGGUCCUACAUCGUAGCUUGGGUGGCCAUCAUCUUAUCUUUCGCUGCUGGUGGGUUCCAACUCUGUGCCUAUCAGAAGAACAUUGCCGAACUGCCUCCUACCAAUGUUCAAGAAAGCUAAAUGGAAGUCAUCUUUUACCUGCACACUAAAGAAACAGCUACCAACCACUCGUCUUUACUAUUGUCACAGAUAGCAAUGUGACAGCAGUUAUGGAAACAUGUUUGGCAAAAUCUGCUGAACAGAAUAAAUAGGAUUAUUUGACUCCAGCUUUUGGUCUCUAGUUCACUGCUUAGUCUUUUAAUCUGUUUUCUGGUUAAUAGACAAUGAAGUCAUGUACGGGAUGUUCUAAUUGUUUAAACC